CAACUCUCCGCAAGCAUCCCUGCCGAAAGGGUCUACACCACACACACACCACACAUUCAAAUAUGGGCAAGAAGAGGAAAGCGGGAAAGCCAUCUGGGCAAAUUCCCGAGACAGAUGUGGUGGAGAAGCCUUCCAAACUGAACAUUCGGACCUACGAGGAUGUCGCAGACUCGGAGGACGAAUUUUUGCUGAAUCGGGAUAAGGUGCUAUUGGACGAAGGGCCGGAAGUCAAGAGGCAGCGGAAGCAGAGAGAAAAAGAUGAGUUCCUAGAACUAGACGAAGAGGCUCUUAACUAUGCCGAAGCCAGCGAUAGCGAGGGCGAAUCUGAAGAGGAUGAACUAGAGGAUGAUGACGAUGAUGAUAUGGAAGAUGGCGCCGAUCAAGCAGAUUCAGAAGACGACCUGGACGAGCAGGGCUGGGGUCAGUCUAAGAAUGAUUAUUAUGGUGCAGAUGAAAUCGAGAGAGAGGAAGAAGCAUUGGAAGAAGAGGCGGAGGCCCUGAGGAUGCAGAAGAAGCAGCUCCAAAGCAUGACCGAUGCAGACUAUGGCUUCGACGAAGAGGAAUGGGCCGCCGGCGCCAAAAAGGACAUCGAUGACGACGACGAGGGUGUCGUCACUCAGGUCCUCCCACAAAAGAAAAUCACGGACAUGUCCAGCGAUGAGCAGCUCAAAGAGCUCAAAACUCGUUAUCCCGAAUUCGAUCCCUUGUCAAAGGAGCUCGUGGCUCUACAACCUACAUACAACCGUCUGUCGGUGUCCGUAGCUGCUGCACAAAAGCUUGGCGUGGCUUCACAUACGUCCAGGCGCAUGAUCAAAUAUCAAGCUCUGGCUUCAUACUUGUCGUCCAUCGCGAUGUAUUUCGCCUUGUUGACGUCAACUUUCAGCGACGACAAGAAUAUCAUCACCGCCAAGGCACCAAAAGAAAUUCGUGAACAUCCUGUUAUACACACGCUCAUUCAAUGUCAGACUAUAUGGAACAGAGUUAAGGAUCUUGCCGAAGAUGACGAGGACACUGAGCUUUCUGACAUCGAAGAGGUGGAUGAAGUCUCUGAGAAAGAAGUCACCAUGAAAGCGCCAGAACCAAGUAAGACUACGCUCGCUAAGAAGGCUGCCACGUCCAAGAAGAAAACAAAGGCCGAAAAGGCCGUACAACAGGCCAAGGCUGAGGCUGAGGCUCGAAAAGUAGAGAGAAAACGGAAGACGGAGGAAGAUUUGGCUGCUUUGUCUUCACUAACGAAGCAAAUCAAGUCAAAGAAAUUCUCCGAGCCACAGAUCAAUCCAUCGAAAAAUGCAGAGGAUGACUCGGACUUGGGCGAUGAGAUCGACCUGACUGCAGAGGAACUCGCUGAGAAAGCUAAAAAGCGGAAGAGUCUCAAGUUUUACACCUCCCAAAUCACCCAGAAGUCCAACAAAAGGGAUGCGUCAAGGCGAGACUAUGGUGGAGAUAUGGAUGUUCCCCAUCGUGAGCGCCUUCGCGAUCGUCAACAGCGGCUUAACGCGGAAGCAGUCAAACGGGGAAAAAAUCAAAAGGGGGAUGAUCUCGGAGGCGAAAGCGACGAAGAGGACCACAAGCAAGCUCGUGAGAUUAGGGGCGACGACAAAAGCGAUGACGACGAAUACUACGAUAUGGUUGCCGCUCGAUCCAAGAAGCGCAAACUUGACAAGCAAGACCGCGCGGAGGCAUUCGCACAGGCUGCUCGCGAGGGAGGCGAGGUCAUCCAAGAGGAGGUCAUUGGUCCGGACGGAAGGCGUGAAAUCAGCUACCAGAUCUCUAAGAAUAAGGGUCUGACGCCAAAACGGAAGAAGGAUGUCCGUAAUCCUCGUGUAAAGAAGCGCAAAAAGUACGACGAGAAGAAAAAGAAGUUGAAGAGUAUGAAGCCGGUGUACAGUGGGGGCGAGGGCAGGGGAGGCUACAAGGGAGAAUUGACUGGUAUCAAGAAGGGCUUGGUGAAGAGUGUCAAGCUAUAGAUACCAGAACGAAUCUACUGUCGGAGACCCAAUCGAUUCCGAAUUCUCGCUGGACGCAUCUGAAAUACUAUCAUAUUCUUAGUUCAAGCGCAGCGAUCACGUUGCUCAUAUCGCGACGUCUCUGCAUCUACAUCCAUCCCCGC